AUAUCUAUAUAUCCAGAGUUUAUUUAUAUUUUAUAUAAAUAUUUAGUUGAUUACAAAGUUGUAUCGGGUCACCGGGUUGGUUGUAUAAUGACUAGUUAUGGUACAUACAGAAGUAGAAGAGGUAUUACAAAAAAACUAAACUAUGAUUUGACGUAAACGCCAAACCAUUGCCAAAGGCCAAGCCAAACAAACAAAGAGACAACUUCACUUUACACAAACGUAAACAGUAAACAGCAGUUAAACAGCACAGUAGUAAACAGUAAACAGAAAUAGUACUGAGAAAUAGUGUUAGUAGAGUAGCUGCUGCAACAUACCUACUGCAAAAAUGAAAUCCAAAAGUGUUCUAGUAACAGGAUUUGGACCUUUUGCUGGUCAUGCUGUAAAUGCAAGUUGGCAAUCAGUACAGUUAUUGCCGGAUGAAGUAAAUGGAAUAGCAAUUAUUAAAAAGGAAAUACCAGUAGAAUAUGUUUAUGUAGAAUCAGAGAUACCCCAAUUGUGGAAAGAACAUUCACCUAUGUUAGUGGUACACGUUGGGGUCUCAUCUGAAGCAACAAAUUUAACAAUAGAGAAGUGUGCUAAUCGGGAAGGUUACAAUAAAUGUGAUGGUGCUGGAUUGAUUCAUCCCUCUGGAUUGGCAUGUACAAAUGGAAAUGACUGUAUUUUUACGGAAAUAGACAUUGAAGCAGUUCAAAAUAGUGUUAAUAGUUCUGGAAAAGUGCAAUCUUGUAUUUCAGAUGAUGCAGGAAGAUAUCUCUGUGAGUUUAUCUACUAUACUUCACUAAAUGUGGAUCCAGCUAGGACAUUAUUUGUUCAUGUGCCUCCAUUAGGUCUUCCAUAUUCUGCCCAGGAAUUGUCGGAGGGAUUGUUAGAAAUUAUAAAAUGUGCAUUGGAACAACUAACUCACCAAAAAGACAAAUAUGAAAGUGCAGUUGCUAACACGUGCGUGUGUUAAAUUUUAUUUGUAGGUAUAUAACACUCUAGGACAGCGGUUCUCAACCACCGUGUCGCGACACACUGGUGUGCCGGAAGAACCUAUCAGGUGUGUCGCGAGAUUUGCGAAUACGAUAUUUUUAUUUAUAUUUUUUUACUUGUUAUAAUAUACCAAUCAUGCAUUCAACCAUUUUUUAAAUAUUAGGUAUAUACCACGUUAUACCAAUCAAUAAAGUGCCAAUCCGUAAUAAAAAAAUAAUAUGCUUAAUAUAUUCAUCUCUUCUUUAUUCAUCUCUACUACCACUAGCAAAAAUGUGUACAUAUAAGGGUGUCGCGAAUCUGUAAGGAGUACGUUAGUGCGUCGCUGAGUAAAAAAGGUUGAGAACCGCUGCUCUAGGAAGCCAAGCCGAAAAAUCAAAAAAUUACUGGGCACUAUAUUUGUACGGGAAUAUGGGGGGGGGGGGCGGGGGAAGUAAAUACGAAAGGUGUACAUCUCGUGGGUGUCGAAAUGUUUACUUCUUUGUGGCUUGUUAUUCAUGCCUAUUCUGUAACUCAUUUAGAUGAUAAAAGUCAGGAAAAUCGAAUAGAAGUGGCCAAGUCGAAUAGAAGUAGUCAAAAUCGGUAUUCCAUAACUCCCUCGGAAUCUCUACAAUCGUACAAUCAGAAUAGUGAAUAGAAAUGACUUCGACACCAUUUACCCUGUCGAAAUUAGAUUUCGAUAAUCGGAAUUGUGUUUGACGCAAGCGCAUUGUAUUUUGUUUUGACGUUUAUAUUUUAUAUCUACUAAAAAUAAUUUAUUACUACUUAUUUAUAAUUAUUUAUAGUAUUUUUACCUUCUGUAUCUGCUUAAUUUUUAGUCUGUGGUGGUGUUUACUUAGGGAAUUGUAUAUUUAAUUUAGACAUGUACGAGUAUGCAUCAAACCUAACCUUAAAAUUAAUUUGGCAUCCGAAAUUCAGAUUCUGAAUGUUGGCCAAUCACAGUGUUGCCAAACAUUUUUUGGGUAUUUCUUGUAUAAUUUCAAUCAAUGGCAUAAUGUACAAGAAUAGAUUUUACAUGUACAAGAACGUUUAAAAUAUAAAGAUAGACUUAUAGCGUUGAUUGAUAAAAUUUAUCAAUUAUUAUUUAUAUUAUUUAAUAUAUUAUGCCAGUUUACUUGUAUUUGUAUUAAUAACCGCUUAUAGACAAGAAAAUAAUUAUAGAAAAGACGCCGUUAUUGGGAAAAGUUGUUUAUCAGCUAUUUUAGCUGGAAUCAAAUCUUAAGAUUGUAUAUUAUUAGUAAUAUUUUACAUCAUACAUCUUAUCUUCAUUUAUCUUUUUUAUUUAUCAGUUGAUCUUCUUUUUUUAUAACAAUUUUAAUUAACUUUGAUUUAAAACCAUUUAUCAUCUUUUGAGCCUUUUGUGUAGAAUAUUUAGACUAAUAUUUUGUUGUUUACUUUUUAAAACUUUUCAUUUUUGUUAUUUGAAAACUAUUUUUUAAAUGCAACUAUAUUAGGUCUGGAUCCCGCAUAUGAAAAAAAAAGCUGAAAAUUUGUUAAUAGCUUAAGGGUGUCUAGUCGGAUAAACUUAGAUAUAUGGGAACACUGGAACAGGGGCAGUUUUAAUUGUGGAACAGGUUAAAAAAUUGGAACGGUCAGACCACGAAAACGGCACAUUUAUUUUGUCCGACAGAACAGACUUAAACUCUCCGAACAGAGAUUAAACUCUCAUGCAAAAAUCAGACUGCUAUUUAUCACCUGUCAUAAUACCUGUCAUUUGACAUAUUCUACAUGUUCCACUCAUUAAAACGGCCAUUUGGUAAUAAAUAGCAGUCUGAUUUUUGCAUGAGAGUUUAAUCUCUGUUCGGAGAGUUUAAGUCUGUUCUGUCCGACAAAAUAAAUGUGCCGUUUUCGUGGUCAGACCGUUCCAAAUUUUUAACCUGUUCCACAAUUAAAACUGCCCCUGUUCCAGUAUUCUGAUAUAUCAAAGUUUAUCCGGCUAGACAGCCUUAAGCUAUUAACAAAUUUUCAGCUUGCUAUUAAUCAACUUUUUUUUCAUAUGCAGGAUCCAGACCUAUAUGUGAUGUGAUAGUAUGAAAAAUUGAAGAUAUGGCAACGGUGUCGUAUUUCAAAUUUAGAACCAGAAACAAGCAGGCUACAGAACACCAAUUUCGCUUGACAAUGCGGGGUUGCCACCCCCUCCUGACCACGUGAAAUAAAAAUUGCCGAUUUCGAUUAACCUUUAUUUCGAUGUGAGUUACAGAAUGGCAAUCCAAAGACGUAAAUGACACGAUAGAUAUCAAACAUUCCGAUUUCAGGUAAUUACGAUUCGACUUGGUCACUUCUAUUCGAUUUGUUAAAAGUUACAGAAUAGGGCUGAUUAACAUUUAAGCAAAAAGGUUACCUUUUGAUUCAUUUCAAUAUUGUGAAAAAUCUACUCAUUGUAGAUAAAAACGUUCAACGGACGACCUUCUUGAAAACACUUGCUCUUUAAAAUUCCCUUCUAAAUUAAAAAAAAGUGACUGUACUUUGUGGGCACAUAAGAAAUAAUACUUCUGUUAUAUGAUUUCAGUUUAUUAUAUUAAACUUUUAUAUUAAACUGAUUUUAAUACUUCCCAGAUAGCAAUAUAAACUUGUUUCAAACUUGCAACAAGUUUGAUACAUCAAACAUGAAAGCUUGCUGCAGGUUUGCCAUGGCAACUUUGCAAACUUGCAGCAAGUUUAAAUCAAACUUGCUAGUUACAGUGUGACAAACUUGCAUGAAGUUUGUUUUUUCAAACUUGAUAUAACAAACUUGCUGAAGGUUUAUUUUUGCUUUGUUGCAUGAAGUUUGUUUUUUCAAACUUGAUACAAACUUGCUUAAGGUUUAUUUUGACAUACUAGCCACAAUUUGAAUAAAACAACGUGAAUAAAAAAUACAAUACCAUUUUAUAUAUCUAUUUAUUAAUCACUCAACUAAAAUACAAUCAUAUUGUCUAAAAUUAUUUAUUGGAACUUACAUUAAACCCGCUAGCUUCAGAUUCCGUUGCGCAGUUUUGUCUAUCAGCUCUGAAACAAAUAGAAAUUGCUAUAAACUCUUGCUGUGUGAACAGAAUUAAUAUUUGCUGUUAAAAGAGAUAAAAAGAUGUUAAAGUACAAUUUUACAAUAAAACCUAAAACUUAUUUAUACAUAAUAUAUUAUAAAUAUAAUUUAUUUUAGGUAGUAUGUAAAUACAACUAGCUAGAAGCUAGGAAAAUCAUAAAAAACUUACCUCAAUUUCACCAAAGCAAAAAGAUUACCAAUCUGUGCCUAAUCACCACAAGCAGGUGGGUCUAUGAAAAACUGAAGAAACAAAGCUUCAGCUUAGUAAUUAAAGUAAUAGUCUCGGAGAAUUGUACGGUAAAUGUAAAAAACUCAAAGAAAAAUAUCAACAUGGGAUAGGACAUAACCACAAAUUAUCAUCGCUUGGCGAUUGGCAGGAUACUUUUCCCGUGUUAUCAGCUGUCCAGUAAGCUUUUUCCCUCAACGUACCUUAAAAAUUCCCACUUAUGAUAAAAUUCCCUCCUAUGCUCCUAUUUAAAAAAUCUGUGAAAAUAUGUUGAAUUAUUUUCAAAUACUUUGAUUUUUUAAAAUAUUUUACAAUUUGGACUGGAGCAAAGAUUCCCUUUUUAUUUAACUUUUUUCCUUUUAUGUUGAAAAUUCUCGCAAAAAGGGAAAUUUCCCUCCGGUGGCAACACUUUCGUUUUCGUGGGCGUGACAUCAGUCAGGGUAAAGAACGAAACCGAACCGAACCAACCGUAACGUGUAAGUCAACCAAAUAGAUGGCACGCGUGACGUGGCUUUGCAACUGUAAGCUUGCAGCAAAGUUGUUACAAACUUGAAUCACCAUCGUUGUCAUAACAAUAUUGCAGCAAACUUGACACGAACUUGCCUCGUCAUAUUUGACGCAGCAAUUUAAAAUCAAAGAAGAAUCAAACUUGCCACAAGUUUACAUGCUAUCUGGGUUACUACUUUCCAAAAUAUUUCCUUAAAAUAAUGCCAAAAAUUAAAAAAAAAGCAAGACUACAACGUGAGGUUUUCCCAAGCGGUCACCCAUCCAAAAGAUAACCACGCUCGACAAUUCUGCUAGAGAACAAUGGAAUAAAUUGACACCAAAAUGAAUUAUUUUGACAGAUUCUACAAAUAAUAUUAAGAUUACUUUUUAAUCUUCUUUUCAUCAUACAUUUUAAUGCUUAUUAUCCUAUUCCCGACGAAGACAAUUCCAAAGACACAAAAAUUAUAACAAAAUAUAUUUACCAAAAACACCAAUAUAUUUUUUCACAGUUUAUUUGCACUGAUACAAUCGUACCUUGAAAGAUUUAGCAACUAACUUCAGACUGUCGUAUGGGCGUAGUUCAUACUGUCGUUUUUAUAAACAUGCACUCUCAACAAUUUUCCAAAUUGCAUCUUAAGAAGUAUAACUUCAAAAAUGUUUAUAAACAAAAAAGUUAUUGCAAAUUAUUCCCGAGAGCAUUUUUGAAGUGAAACUUCUUUAGGGACGUUGUGCGAUUUUUGGAUAGGAAAAAAAGCAUUAAAUUCGCGACCGUGUUGCGACCGUCAUCGCUUAUGCUAUAUAUUAUUUGUAUGGUGGUGACAGAUAUGAACUCCUAAAAUUAAUUAUGCAGGGAAAGAUUCAAGGAAGGCGCAGCCUCAUAGGUAGGAGAAAAAUAUCCUGGCUGAGAAAUCUCGGAGAAUGGUUUGGAUGCAGCUCAACUGAACUCUUUCGAGCUGUAGUAUCAAAAGUGAGAAUAGCAAUGAUGAUUGCCAACCUUCGUCGCGAAGAUGGCACGUAAAGAAGAUAAAUUGUAUAGAAGUAUUUAAAUUUAAAAUAAAUGUAAAACCUAUUUUAGGAUGGAGAAAAAGGAUUUAUUUCGCGACCGUCAUCUCUUCGGCGAAAUAAAUUUUGUACGUAUAUGUAUUGAAGUGAAAACUUCUUUAGGACGUUGUGCACUUUUUGGAUGGGAAAAAGUAUUAAAUUGGCGACCGUCAUCGCUUCAAAGAAAUAAAUUUUUGAAGUGAAAACUUCUUUAGGGACGUUGUGCACUUUUUGGAUAGGGAAAAAUUAUUAAAUUAGCGACCGUCAUCACUUGGACGAAAUAAAUUUUUGAAGUGAAAACUUCUCUAGGGACGUUGUGCACUUUUUGGAUGGGGAAAAAUAUUAAAUUAGCGACCGUCAUCGGUUCGACGAAAUAAACAUUUGAGGUGAAAACUUCUUUAUGGACGUUGUGCUCUUUUUGGAUGGAAAAAAGAAUUAAAUUAGCGACCGUCAUCGCUUCGAUGAAAUACAUUUUGGAAGUGAAAACUUCUCGAGGGACGUUGUGCACUUUUUGGAUGGGGAAAUACUAUUAAAUUAGCGACCGUCAUCGCUUCGACGAAAUAAAUUUUUGAAAUGAAAAUUUCUUUAGGGACGUUUUGCACUUUUUGGAUGGGGGAAAUAUAUUAGGGACCGUCAUCGCUUCGACGAUGCACUUUUUGGAUGGGGAAAAAUAUUAAAUUAGCGACCGUCAUCGGUUCGACGAAAUAAACAUUUGAGGUGAAAACUUCUUUAUGGACGUUGUGCUCUUUUUGGAUGGAAAAAAGAAUUAAAUUAGCGACCGUCAUCGCUUCGAUGAAAUACAUUUUGGAAGUGAAAACUUCUCGAGGGACGUUGUGCACUUUUUGGAUGGGGAAAUACUAUUAAAUUAGCGACCGUCAUCGCUUCGACGAAAUAAAUUUUUGAAAUGAAAAUUUCUUUAGGGACCUUUUGCACUUUUUGGAUGGGGGAAAUAUAUUAGGGACCGUCAUCGCUUCGACGAAAUAAAUUUUUGAAGUGAAAACUUCUUUAGGGACGUUGUGCACUUUUUGGAUGGGAAAAAGUAUUAAAUUAGCGACCGUCAUCGCUUUGACGAAAUAAAUAUUUGAAGUGAAAACUUCUUGAGGGACGUUGUGCACUUUUUGGAUGGGGAAAAAUAUUAAAUUAGCGACCGUCAUCGCUUCGAAGAAAUACAUUUUUGAAGUGAAAAUUUCUGUAGGGUUUGUGCACUUUUUGGAUGGGGGAAAAAUAUUAAAUUAGGAACCGUCAUCGCUACCGUUAUCGCUUCGACGAAACAAAAUUUUGAUGGGAGAAAGUAUUAAAUUAGCGCCCGUUUUCGCCACCAUCAUCGCUUCGACGAAAUAAAUAUUUGAAGUGAAAACUUCUUGAGGGACGUUGUGCACUUUUUGCACGGGGAAAAAGUAUUAAAUUAGCGACCGUCGUCGCUUCGACGAAAUAAAUUUUUGAAUUUAAAAUUUUUUUAGGGACGUUGUGCACUUCUUGGAUGGGGAAAAAUGAUUGAAUUUGCGACCGUCAUCACUUUGCUGAAAUAAAUUUUGUACGUAUAUAAAUUAUCUGUGUAUAUACAUAAAUAGCAUAGGACAAACGCAUCGCGUAUAUGAUAUUGGUAUGGGAGCGUUCAAGUAUUACGUAACGCAGUUUUGGGGGGAGGGGGGCCUUGUAAAACGUAACGGCCCGUUACGUGGGGGAGGGGGGUUCGAACAGCGCGUUACGUAACAUUUAUUAAAUACAAAACCCACUAUAUUGAUACUUAGUUUAGAUUUAGAAAAUUGAUAGAUAUUAAAAAAAAAUAAUACCCUUAUUUAAAGUGUGAUUCCUGAAUUAUUAAUUUCAAAAAUUAAAGAUAAUGGACUAUGCUAGACUUAGUGAAUCACCCUGUAUAUUCAAAUUUAUGUUUAAAUAGUCCAUAGUUGAAUUUAAAAGUUGACGUAUCCUAGCGUUUUUAUAAUUUUCUAAAAUAAUGACACAUGCCAACAAUUUUAUUCCAUAAGUGCCUUCUUAUAUAUACAGGGUGUUUCAGAAAAAGGUAACACGAUCUCUAAGAUAGGUGAAAAACUGAAAAAUAAUUGGGGUUUGCUUAGUAUAAGGUUUUUGUAACGGCAUGCGUUUUCACGUUGAAGAACAAAAAGUUUUACACAUUUUUUUCACUAUUUUUCCGAAACUACUGGCAACAUCAUAUAUUAUUUGUUAUACAAAAAUUUUUACUAAGCAAAAUAAAAUAUUGAAAUAAUAAAUAUGUUAUUUUAUUUUAAGUUUUUAUUAAAAAAAGAUAAAAUAGAAGAAUGCAUGGGAAGAAUAAUAAAGGAUGAAGCUAAAAAUGUAUGUAAGGAUGGGGCCAAGCAGGGAAAAUGUAAAUGUAAAAUUAGUAAUAAAAGAUUACAGUCGGUCUUGUCUAUCGACAAGUUUAGUGGAUUUGUGAUUUGCGGUCGCCGGUUCGAGCCUCAGCUAGGUCAUGAAAUUUAUAAAAGGCCAACGCCGUAGUAUAAAACUCAAUAGAGUCUACGGUUUGGUCUGGAUAAACUGGCGUCGGAUCGGCCUAUGGAGGAGCGGUACGGCAAGGGAUAAGGGCUUGCGGCUUGGUGAUACUCCUCCAUAGAUCCCUACCGAAGGGCGUUGACGCCUAAGAACGGUGUAUACAUACAUAGUAACUACAUAAAAGAUCACAUUGUAAAAUGUGUUUUAAAUAUUUUUAUUAUUUGUUUUAUUAAUUAUAAUCAAUCGAAAAAAAAAUUAAAGGCACUCGUGGGAGUGCCGACAGAAGUCAAAACUUCUUAUAAUAUAUCAAUUACGAACUCAAUGCUUUUUCCCCAUCCACACAGAAGUGCUAUAGGGAGCGUUCAAGUAUUACGUAACGCAAUUUUUGAAGAUUUUUGACCCCUCCUCCCCCCAUGUAACGCACCGUAACGUUUUUAUGUACCCCCUCCCCCUACCUAAACGUUACGUAACACUAAAGUGACCAUUUUAACCUAAAUGGAAAACUAGGUUACGAAAAGUACCGGAAACCCGGUAAAAGAACUUUGUUAUUAUUUUAAUCGCAUUUGAGGUAAUAAUAAAAUUUUACAAUCAUCAUCCAGCCUCAAAAAUCCACUGCUGAACAUAGGCCUCCUCCCCUCGUUUCCAACCACGUCUAUCCUGCGCCGCUCUUAUCCAGUUUUUAUUUAGCUUUCUUACGUCGUCUGUCCAUUUUGUAGGCGGUCAACCGACGCUUCUCUUGUCUUCUCUUGGCCUCCAUUCCAAUAACCUUUUUGUCCAUCGCCCAUCUGUCAUUCUGGCUAUGUGUCCUGCCCAUCUCCACUUCAACCUGGCUAUCCUUUUUAUGACGUCAGUCACCUUUGUUCUUCUCCUGAUUUCUUCGUUUUUGAUUUUGUCUCACAGAGUUAUUCCUAACAUUGACCGCUCCAUUCUUCUCUGCGUUACUCUUAGUUUGGUAGCCGAGGCUUUAGGUAAGGUAAGUGUUUCAGAUCCGUACGUCAAGACUGGGAGGACGCUCUGAUCAAAUACCUUUCUCUUUAGGCAUGUGGGCAACUCACUUUUAAAAGUUUCUCUCAGUUUUCCAAAUGCUGCCCACCCAAUAACGAUUUUUCUUUUUAGUUCAUGUGUCUGGUUAUCCCUGCCAAUCGUAAUUUAAUGUCCCAUGACAUGAAAUAUGUCCAAAACUUAGAAUAAUAAUAACUGUAGUUACUAUACAGGGUGAUAAAGCUAAGUAGAUCCGUUAUAAUAAUAGAUAGCAAUAAAAGUUAAUAACAAAAAAAUGGUAGGUAAAUAUUUUCUCCCCUAUAAAUUAUCACCAACCCGUAAACAUUUAAUAUUUUACAAUUUUUUCUUUUUUUGCAUUUAUCCGAUUUGUUUAUUUUUUACCAUUUUUAAUUUCAAUUUCAAUGAUUAAAUUUUCUUUAUAUAUUUUGAAAUAAUACAAUGCCGAAACCCCUUAAAAACUAAUUUUAUUCUUCCCCCAGAUAUUCUCGUUGAAAAAAUAGCGGCCCGUACAAUUUUUGAUUUUUAAAUACUUCGUUUCUUGGGGUAUGAUUUAAUUUGUACGAUGAAACAUGGUACUGCAUGCUAUGAAAACUACACAUUGUAAACUAUUUUAAUAUGUUAUGUAAGGGAUAUGAUUUUAUUUGUGCCGUGAAACAGGUACACUGAAUGCUAGGAGAACUACACAUUGUAAACUAUUUUAAUAUGUUAUGUAAGGGGUAUGAUUUUAUUUGUACCGUGAUAUAGGUACACUGAAUGUUAUUCGCUCCGUGCAUGGCUGACGCGACACCUAGCGUCGUCACCUGGCAUUUUUGGCAACAACAAUUUGAAGCAUAUGAUAAAUGCAUAUUGUGAAUUAACAAAUUAUUAAUAAUAAGUUUGUAAAUGAUAUUUUUCCAAUUUGUAUAUAAAAUGGAUGUAGUAUUAAGAACUGGGUUUCUAAAAAUUCAUCACAAUUUAUCUUUUAAAACCCCAAACGAAACAAAAAGGGAAAACUCUAUCCUCGUUUUUAAACUACGUAAUUCAAAUUUACCGCGCUAUAAUGCUUGUUUGUAACUGGUCUAACCGCAGGCAAAUUUACUCCACUAUAUAAAAUAAAAUAUAAUAUAAAAUUUUGACUCUAUUAACAUUUAUGAAAUUUUGACACUAUUGACUUUUAAAUUUCUUAGGUUAAUUAAUUAUAUCCGCGAACUGGUAAACCACCCCACGAACAUACCUUUUAUCGUCCUAUUAGUCUCUUACCGCCACUAGCUAAACUAUUUGAGAAGCUAUUAGCGACAAGACUUAUGAAAAUAAUAACUGAUAAUAUUCUUUUUCCGGAUCACCAGUUUGGUUUUAGAGAGAAGCAUUCAACAAUAGAAUAAGUUCAUAGAGUCGUUGAUAUAGUAAAUAAAACUUUAAAGAAAAAAAUACUGUUGUGCACUUUUUCUAGACGUCAGUCAGGCUUUUAAUAAAGUCUGGCAUGAAGGGCUGCUCUUCAAAAUAAAAAUGAACGUUCCUGAGUCAAUGUUUACUAUACUGAAAACAUAUUUAGAAGAAAGAUACUACCGUGUCAAGCAUGAAGCAGAUACAUCAAAAAUCUACCCAAUACGAUCUGGAGUCCCUCAAGGUAGUGUUCUGGGUCCUAUAUUAUAUUUGAUAUUUAUACACGACAUACCAACAAAUGAAAAUGUAACGACUACAACAUUUGCAGACGACACAGCUAUGUUCGUCACAGAUGAAAAUCCCGCAACAGCUACCGAAUCUCUUCAAAGGCAUAUUAGGGACAAAGAAAUGGCGCAUAAAGAUCAAUGAAUCAAAAUCACAACAUAUCAUAUUUACAAAAUGUCGCAAAAUAUCGCCUAAUAUAGAAAUAAAUAACAAAGCAAUUCCACAAGCCGAAAGCGUUAAAUUCCUUGGAAUGCACCUGGACAAAGCUUUGACAUGGAGAACCCAUAUAUGGAAAAAGGGUCAACAGUUAAACUUAAAAUUUCGUAAUCAUUAUUGGAUACUGGGCGGAACAUCGAAGUUGUCUAUACGUAACAAACUGUUAGUAUACAAUACAAUACUCAAACCGGUCUGGACCUAUGGGAUCUAGCUAUGGGGUACAGCAGCAAAAUCCAACAUAUCCAUAAUGGAAAGAUUACAAUCUAUAGUGUUACGCUCUAUAACAGACGCUCCAUGGUUCGUGUCAAACAAAGACAUUUAUUGUGACCUUGAAGUACCUACGAUCAGUGAAGUGAUAGUUCAGUGCAGUGUUCGGUACAUAAAACGCCUAGAAAGCCAUCCAAAUGCCCUGGCAAUAAACUUGCUUGAUAAUAGGCAACAAACCCACAGACUAAAACGUAAAAAUCCACUGGACCUUAUUUAUAACUAAGUUUUAUAACUCACCGUAAUUGUUUAUAUUUUAGAUAUAUGUAUUGUUUGUAAAUGCGAAAUGUAUGUUUGUAUGUAGCAUAUUAUCGGAAUGUCAUGUUUGUUCCAUACUAGAGGUCCAGUCAUUGGACUGACCUCUCUAAAGUCAUUUUUUUACUUCAAACCCCAAAGAAGCUUAUUGUUAGAAUUUUUAUAACUAACAGAUUGCUGAAUAAACGUUUCAAAAAAAAUAAUAUAAAAUUUUGACUAUUAGUAUUUAUGAAAUUUUGACACUUGACGUUUAAAUUUCGUAGGUUAAUUAAUUAUAUCCGCGAUUUUUUGUGAGUUAUUUCUUUAAUUUUUAGAUUUUUAAUUUUUAAUUUUUUUAACAAAUUUUUAUUAGUCUUAUAAGUUGUCCGAUACUGAUUACUGGAUUACCGUCGACAUGGUCAACCAAAAAAAGAAGAUAAAUGUGGUGAUCUUUAUAGUGACAGUAUUUUGUGAGUUUAUUUUUCCUAGUUUAAAUCUUUUCUCUAAUUUAUUUAUGAUUAUUGGAAAUCUAUAGAAAUUACGCUUACUUUUUUGGCUAUUAUUAGCAUAAUUAAAUACUUACGCAACAUUUAUUUACCAUUUUUGAUCAAAUUUGUUAUACAAGCAAUGACACUGAAUAUCAGAAAGAAUCGCCAAAAUUGUCAUAUUUCACCGCUACGGACGCUGGCAUCGUUUCGUGUAUCCCCACAAUAGUCAAGCACGGAGCGGAUAAGAACAACACAUUGUAAAUUAUUUUAAUAUAAUUAUUAUGUUAGGGGUAUGAUUUUAUUUGUACCGUGAUACAGGUACACUGAAUGCUAUAAAAACUACACGUUGUAGACUAUUUUGAUAUAAUUAUUAUGUUAAGGGUGUGAUUUUAUUUGUGCCGUGAAACAGGUACACUGAAUGCAAUGAACGCUAUACAAUGUAAAUUUAAUACGUUAUGUAAGAAAAUAUUAAGAAUUAAGUAAAAAAGUUUAAAUCGA